CCCGGCCAGUGCCUCUGCUUCCGGCUCGAAUUGCUCUUCCUACGCCCGCCUUCAACAUGUCCGAGACUGCGCCCGCCGCGCCCGCCGCUCCGGCCCCCGCCGAGAAGACGCCGGUGAAGAAGAAGGCCCGCAAGUCCGCAGGCGCUGCCAAGCGCAAGGCUUCCGGGCCCCCGGUGUCCGAGCUCAUCACCAAGGCCGUGGCCGCCUCCAAGGAGCGCAGCGGCGUGUCCCUGGCUGCGCUCAAGAAGGCGCUGGCGGCCGCCGGCUACGACGUGGAGAAGAACAACAGCCGCAUCAAGCUGGGCCUCAAGAGCCUGGUGAGCAAGGGCACCCUGGUGCAGACCAAGGGCACCGGCGCCUCCGGCUCCUUCAAGCUCAACAAGAAGGCGGCCUCCGGGGAAGCCAAGCCCAAGGCCAAGAAGGCAGGGGCGGCCAAGGCGAAGAAGCCCGCCGGAGCUGCCAAAAAGCCCAAGAAGGCUACAGGCACGGCUACCCCCAAGAAGACCGCGAAGAAGACCCCAAAGAAGGCCAAGAAGCCGGCCGCAGCUGCAGGAGCCAAAAAAGCAAAGAGCCCCAAGAAGGCGAAAGCGGCCAAGCCGAAGAAGGCGCCCAAGAGCCCGGCGAAGGCCAAGGCGGUGAAGCCCAAAGCGGCUAAACCAAAGACCGCCAAGCCCAAGGCAGCCAAGCCAAAGAAGGCGGCAGCCAAGAAGAAAUAGGAAGUUUCUUCGGGCAACUGCUGAGAACCUCGAUACAACCCAAAGGCUCUUUUCAGAGCCACCCA